AUGUCCUUUUUAGAGGAAGUCGUGCAGCACUAUGAGCGGGAUUGUGCCACGCUGAAAGCGAGCGUGGCCGAGAAGCAGGAGGCCUUGUCGCCCGUAUCCAGACCACAGUUCCUACGCUUGACAGCUGGAAAGAAGGCGCUGGGACUGGAACCCAACGAGGCCUUCUUCGGCAAGUCGCCGUACUCCCCGCAGAACUGGAGGCCCACGGCUGCUGACUCAGACUCCAGCGAGGAGUUCGAGCCGAGCAGCAAAGUGCAUCGGCGGUUGGCUUCGAAAUCCGCCGCUUCAGAUGUCUCCGAUAGGGAGACGGUGACGUCGACGGACUCCUUGGAGCUCAAGACGCCCAAAGGGCUCUAUCAGCCGCCUAAGCUGCCGGAUCCCAGGGACGCCUUCCAUCCGCGAACGCCGCUGGCAGCGCCUGCCUCUCUCUUCGAAGCCAAGGCCUCGCCCGUCCAGAAGGAACUCCCGGAGGUGAAGGAGGACUCCGACUCGGAAGUCUCCGCCGAGCUUGCGGUCAGCCCUAAUGCGGCGCCGCCGACUCCCGACUUCGCCCUCCCGGCCACACCGCAGUCACCACCACAGCAAGUGGCUACGCUGCGGACGCAGGUCAGCUUCCGGCGGGGCUCCACGAGCAACAGCCUGGCAGACUCCGGCGGAAGUGGGAUUGCUGCGCAGCCCAAGUCAAAGGCCAGCUUCCGGCGUGGCUCCACCAGCGAGGGCUUCGGGGACACCGCGGUUGCCGUGGCAGGCUCGCAGCCGAAGGCGCCAAUCAAAGAGGAGGAUGCGGAGGACAAGAAGUCGGCGAAGAGUUCCUCGUCCUCCUCGUCCUCCUCCGGCUCCUCUGCCUCCUUUGCGUCCAGCACGGACGAGGAGCAUGUUCCUCCCGGCAUGAACAGUCGACUGACCAACAAACGGCCCAGCAACGUUUCGCUCUCCGCCUUCUUCAAGAGGGAGCCGGCCGUGUCGCGCGUGUGGCUAUUCCUAGAGGAUCCUGAUUCCAGUCCUGCUGCCCGUUGGUAUGCCUUGACGACGAACUAUCUCAUCACCGCAACCAUUCUGUUCACGAUCUGGCAAGCCGGUUCCGAGCCGUUCUUCACCAAGGACGUGGAGGCGUAUAUCCAGCUGGGGAUCGAGAUACUGAUGUGCAUGGAGUUCGUCACGCAUUUCGUCUCAUCGUCGUCGAAGCUGGCCUUCUGCAAGAACCCAUACAACUUCAUCGAUUUCGCCGCCUUGGUCCCGCUCGCCGUGCGCUCCGCGUACGGCUUGACGACUCCGGCUGCCACGGACAACUUGAUAGCGCAUUCGCUACUGGUUUGCUACGUGCCGGUCGUCCGGCAGCUGAAGCUCAUUCGGCGGUUUCAGAAGCUGCAGCUUCUGCUGCAUGUGUUGUCUACCACACUGGACGCCCUCAAGCUCCUCCUCUUCCUGGUUUGCUUGAUUGUCCUGUUCUUCGGCACGAUGCUCUACAUGAUCGAGCCCUCGGAUUCAACCACGCUGCCGACGUACAUCUACUGGUGCACAGUGACGGUCACCACCGUGGGCACCUGUGACAUGGCCCCCGUGACAUGGGGAGGGAAGGUCAUGGCCGGGAUCUUAUGCCUCAUCAGCGUGCUCUUCAUGGCGAUGCCGCUAUCGGUGCUGGGCAACGCCAUGUCGAAGACCUGGGACGACCGACAUCGAAUUCUCUUGAUGACGCAGACGCGACGACGCCUGAAGCACUUGGGCUACUCCGCAGACGACAUGCCGAAGCUCUUCAAGAAGUUCGACCGGGACGGCAACGGCGAACUCGAGAUGGAAGAGUUCUGCGACAUGGUUGCCACCAUGCGAGUGGGCGUGAAGCCGACCGAGGCCUCCGAACUCUUCAUGGCCUUCGAUGCCAAUGGAGAUGGAGGAAUCGAUGAACGAGAGUUCAUGAAGGCGCUGUUUCCGCUGGACUACCGUCGCAUCUACCGGCGCGCUUCCGGCAUGACUUUCGGAGCAUAG